AGCCACAAGCCUGAUGAGGUCCCGGCCUUUGGAGGUCCGAUUUUCGGCUUGCCCCUUGGCCUGUGAGCUGGGGGACAAGAGGCGUUCCCUCCAGAAAUGCUCCAGUACGUUAUAAACCACCACCCGAUUGGGCUUCAAGGAACCGAACCAGUGCUUGGCGUUGCCUUCUUCCAAGACUGUCAGAGUGCUGAAGAUGAAGCUGGACGACUCCAUUUUGAUCUCCAUGAUCCUGGAGAUGGAGAAGCUGGCAAGGUUUUCCUUCGUUUGGCUGGAGAUGAAACACAGCGUGGUUCUGCUCAGGGAGAGCGUACCAUUCUCCCAUCUUUUGUCUGAGUUGAUGUAGUAGGAGCCGGGCCAGCUGUGGAUGAAAACGCCCCGGCUCAUCGUGUGGGGUUCUGCAGGUUGAUUUAGGACGCGGGCUAGUUUUUUAAGGAUCCAACCUGCUUCACGCACACGACGUUAUUGUCGCAGCUAAGUCGUCAAAACAAUGGAAGCUUUCUCGUCCGUUAUUAGCAAUUUGAGAUAUAUAUAUUUUGAAACCAACCAACCUGUAUCACCCAUUUAAAUAAAAAACAAACAUUAGCGUUUAAAUACAACUAUAGUGCCAGCAUGCUGUUGGGCUGCGUAUGUUUUUAAGAGUGUUUAUUCCGGAAGUAAGUGUCGCAGUCUUUAAUUUCCGACUUGAAAAUCAACAGACAGACUGGCUAAACGUCCAUCCAUCCAUUUCCUACCGCGUAUUCCUUUUUGGGGUCGCGGGGGGCGCUGGCGCCUAUCUCAGCUACAAUCGGGCGGAAGGCAGAGUACACCCUGGACAAGUCGCAACCUUAUCGCAGGGCUAAACGUAACAGCCAUAAUGUUUGAUUGGUACAGUUUUGUAAACAUGACAAUAUAUAAUAAUUGUCAGAAUUGAUGGUAUCAUACUGGCCGAAAAGUUCGUGUUUUGGUGACAUUCUCACCAUCACGUCUUAUUUACUCCUGAGUGUGACAGGAUAUACUGUCCGAUUUUAAUAUUUGCUGACGGACUGGUAAAUGAAAAUCCGUCGGAACAGGAAAUAUUCGAGUACAAUUGAUUCAACAUAUACAAUUUUAACCGUUGAAUACAUAUCAAAACGUAUACAUUAAUUAUGCUAAUAGAGUUCAUGCUUUGUUUUUCGGAAGUGACGUCACCGUUUUCACAAGUUUUCCCGUUGUAAAUCAUGACUUUUGGUGGUUAAACGUCCAUCAAAUAAAAAAAAUGUAUCUUAACUGAAUUUAUCUUAACUCAAAUAUGUAUUUAUGAUCAUACUGUUGUUGGAGGGUUUGUGUAAAAAUGUUUGUGUAAAAAAAUAAAAAAUUAAAAAAAAAAGUGACGUCAUACGUCGUGAUGAGUCCGACAGUGUUUACUGUCCGACUUGAAUGUUCGCCGGUAUUUCCGGCCUACCACCACAUUGCGUUUUCGACAAACACUUUAGCUAGCAAGCAGAAGGAGGACAAGUAUUUACUGUCAAUUAUUAAUUAUAUUUAUUUUGUAUGAUUAGCACUGCUUUAUACACAUGUCAUUGACAGUGUAAAAGACUUAAGUAAAGCAGAAUGGAUAUGUUUUUCUUUGACGGACCGCGAACUCAUCUCCGGAAUGGUGUCACCUCCAUGGUGCAUAAAUAUACAUUUUCUCUGUAAUGUUUGAACUCAUCUAGAUUCACAGUUAAGGUGCAUGGCAGACCAAUUGUAGCAUUUCCAACAGGUAACCUUGCAAAUAGGCUAGCCAGGCUGAUGUUUACCAACAUGGACAGGGAUGCGUACCGCAACUGUUGCAGCCUUGUCAAAAUCCCCAGGCAGUCCUACGAGCAGUUUUGCUCCUCGCAUUUUGUCGACUACAUUGAUAAAGAGCUGGGCUAUUCCAGGUUUUUCAAAAAGUACUUGCUUCCCAACCACCCGUGCAUGUUUUCCAAAAGAUUCACCGAAGAGUGGAAGUGUAGGAAACAAUGGGUGACUGAGGAGGGGAAGCCUAAUUUCCAGAAACUGCUGCAAGAAUUUGAUGAGACUCCUGUCCCUGUGGCCAACUGUAAUGCAAAGGAAUACAAUGCAAACCCCAAACAAGUCAUGCCUUUCAAAGAAUUCAUACAAUAUUGGAAGGAGCACAUCCAGAACGGCCACUCAUCUCCUAAAGGGUGCCUCUAUCUUAAAGACUGGCAUAUGCCCAGGGACUUUCCAGAACACAAUUUUUAUACCACACCGAUCUUCUUCACUUCCGAUUGGCUGAACGAAUACUGGGAUGCACUUGAAGUGGACGACUACCGCUUUGUCUACAUGGGACCCAAAGGAUCAUGGACGCCGUUCCACGCCGACGUGUUCCGCUCCUACAGCUGGUCAGCGAACAUUUGCGGCAGGAAGAAGUGGCUGCUGUACCCUCCUGGCCAAGAGGAGUUUUUAAGAGACACGCAUGACAAUCUCCCGUAUGACGUCACCUCAGGCGACCUGUGUGACCCAAACCUUUACCCGCAUGCCCAAGAGGCCUGUCAGCCUCUGGAGAUCAUUCAAGAGGCCGGCGAGAUUAUUUUUGUGCCCAGCGGCUGGCAUCAUCAAGUUUAUAAUUUGGAGGACACCAUCUCCAUCAAUCAUAACUGGUUGAACGGCUGCAAUGUAGACAUCAUGUGGCAAUUCCUGCAGACAGAGCUGUCGUCUGUGCAGAAAGAGAUAGAUGAGUGGAGGAACACCAUGGAUUCAUGGCAUCAGCACUGUCAGGUUAUUAUGAAGGCUUGCUCCGGCAUCAACUACGGGGAAUUUGCAUCGUUCCUCAAAAUCAUCGCUGACAACCGCAUGGCUCUCCUGAAUGCUUGCUCCUCAGGAGACUCCUCCAAUUACCCACAGCAUCUGUCAGAGGCACUUGUCACCCUCGGACCUUACCACGCUGCCUUUGACUUGCAGAGGGUGGCUAACAUUUUGGAGCUGCUGCUCUGUAACGAAGAUUUUAAGCGCCUGGAUCAUUCGGCUUCCACCGUUCAGCCAGAAACGUUGCUGCAGCAAAUCCGGGACAUCAUACAAUCCACCAGGGGGCAGCAUCUCCUCUAUCAGGAAUGAGGGUGCAGUAUUUCUAAGCGGUGGUACAUUUUUGGUAAAUUUCCCUAAAAUUCAAAUGUGGAAAUAUUGAAAUAUGGACACUUUUAAUAUGAAUUAUUAGUUAAUUUAAAAAAAAUACAUUGCUUUAUUUAUUAAUAGGCCCUGCGAUGAGAUGCUGACUUGUCCAGGGUGUACCCGCCUUCCGCCCGAUUGUAGCUGAGAUAGGCACCAGCGACCCCAAAGGAAAUAAGCGGCAGAAAAUGGAUGGAUGGAUAUUUAUUAAUAGUACUAAUAUUCUUUCAUCGGACAAAAAAGGUGAAUAUUACAUCAUACAUAUUUCAAUGCAUGCAAUUCCAUAAAGUUUGGUAGCUUUAAAAAAAUCAACUAGGCUGUUUAAGUCAUCAAUUAAUGUAAAGUCCCUUGUUUUUCCCAUGUAUAUCUCUUAAUUUUCGUUGAUAUUUUGCAACCCCCUAUGUUGAUUAUGGAGGGCCAAAUAAAACAAAAUGAAAUAGUUUCUAAAAAGUCUUCAAAUAAUUAUUUGUCUCAUUGAUUAAUUACUUUAUUAAAUAAAUCAUAGCAUACAAAUCAAAUAAAACUUGACAAUCAAAUCAAUAAUUAAAUGUAAUGUUACAAUAAAUAAAUGACAUUUGAUAACACAUUUAUGAAUCCAUCCCAAUUAAAAUGGAUGACUGAUUAUUUUUUCCUAUUAAGGCCCUCCAUACUUAAUAUGCAUAGUCUGGAAAUAGCUUGAAUAGCAAUAAAAAUAAGAAUAAAACACUCCACUUACUCCCAAACUUUAUCAUUCUAAAAAAGACUUAUAAAAAAAUACUAUUAGUUCUGUAAUAGGUUGAUUAGCAACACUAAAUUGACCUUAGUGUGUAAAUAGUGUUCAUGUUGGCCCUGCAUUGAAAUUGCAACUUGUCCAGCUGCCAGAGUGCAGUUGGAAUAGGUUCCAGCACACCUUGCGACCCUGAGAGGGACACGUGGUAAAAGAUGGAUGUCUUAUUCCAUGAAAAUAAAACAUCAAAGAUUCUGUUUUUAUGAUAAUCCGUACGAGCAACGUUUUGACUCAUCUUCCGUUUCUUUCUUAUCAACCUCCAGUCUAAACACAUCUCUGGUACAUGACUGCCACGAACUGAUAACACUUGUCUUUACUCUCUUUGAGACUCCAAACUUUGAAAAAGGCAUCAUGAAUUGCAUCACAUCAGAAUAUAAUGUGCAUAAAUAAUGGCAAAACACAUUCAAAUAUUUAUUUGCACAGUAGACUUUUAGAAUGUAGAUACUUUUAUUGAAAAUUGUAUUUGAAAUAAUUUAAUAGGCACAUCAAAUGACAUGAUAGGUAUUUUGCUGUAUAGUUCUGCAAUACAUGGUCAAUGUCUUCAUUUGUCCUUCAAGGAAACAUUUAAGUUUUGUCAGUCAGGCAAACACACUGGAGGCUUUUAUUUGAAAUGUGUCACAAAGCAUGUAAGUCACAUCCCAAGAAAAAAUAAAACCUCCUCAGUUG